AUGUCUUCUAGUACAGAGAGCCCAGAGAACACAGAACUCCUGACCCAAUUGGGCGGAUCUUCCUAUAAGCAUCGGACCAUACAAGUGGCCCAAGGUCUAGAUAUGUCAUUGCCUAGAGGCCAAGAUGACUGGUCCAAAGAAGAUAUUGUGAUGUUACUGGAAUGCAUGGAGACGAAUCUUCCAUCUAAUGACAGCCACACAUUCAGAACAACCCAGUCACAGAUGGACUGGGGAAAAGUAGCUUUUAAGAAUUAUUCUGGAGAAAUGUGCAAACUCAAAUGGCUGGAGAUUUCUUAUCGCAUGUGAAAAUUUCUCACAGAAUUAGUUCUGGAAGCUAAGGAACAUGUUGAAAAGCCCUACAGAAGCAAAAGACACAAGAAACACUCAAACUUGCCCAAGAAGACCCUGACUGCUUUCCUUCCCUUCUUCAAGGAGAAGCGGUCCCAGUACUCCCAAAAAUAUCCCAAGCUGAGCAACCAGGAGCUGACCAAGCUCCUGUCUGAGGAAUACAAGGAGCUGCCAGAGCAGAUAAGGCUCAAAUAUGUUCAUGAUUUUCAGAAGGAUAAACAGGAGUUUGAGAAGCAACUGGCUCAGUUCAAGACAGACCAUGAUCUAUUCCAGAACUCUAAGAAAUUGGAUGUAACCAAGUGGAACCCAAACAAAGGCCCAAAGAAGUUUCAGAGUCAUGGGCAGGGAGUGAAGUCUCCCCCUGAAACCUAUUUUUCCAAGGGGAUGAAAUUCCACGAACAGCCCAAGAAGCCCCCCAAUGAACAGAUAAAAGAAGUUCCACCGGGAUUUGUGGUCAAGUCAGGAGCUGCAAGAUGUGCCCCUGAGGGAGUGCAUGGUGGAGAUCAGCAGAUGCUGGCAGCGAGUCCCCCAGAGCCAGAAGGAGCUUUAUAA